GGGACCGAGCUGCCCGCCUGGAUGCGCCUCUACUUCUACGGGAUGCACGGGAUCACCCUGGACGUGCUGGUGUCGUCCGCGCGGCGCUUCGCUCGCAGCCCCGACCUCCGGAUGCUGGGCUUCUCCUCGCCCUACCGUUGCCUCCUGCACCUGCUCACCCACUUCGCCCUGGAGAAGGUCUACCUGCAGCGGCGGCGCUGCCCCAGCGCCUUGGUCUUCAACUUCCUCCUCUACCCCCGCUUUCUCUUUUACGGGAUGCACGGCUUUCUGGAUGAGAUCUUCUUCACCUUCUUCUUUGACGUGCUGGGCCAGGGGGACCGGGCCACCAGCGGCCACACGUCGCUCUGGUCCUUCUUCAUGUACGGCAGCUGCAGCUUCGUGGUGGAAAAGCUCUAUUUCUACCUGCACUACAGUCGCGGCUGGAGCACCUGGCAGCGGGUGCCCAUCUACGUGAUGUUCAUCUACCUGUGGGAGCUGUCCUGGGGGCUGGGCCUGCGCGCCUGCGGCGCCUGCUCCUGGGACUACUCCCACUACCCGCUCAAUUUCAUGGGCCUCAUUACCCUGAUGUAUUUGCCUGGUUGGAUAUUCCUUUGCGUGUACCAGGACCUGCUUUCCAACGCGUUGUGGCGAGUGCAGUACAUACCAGCGGGCUGAAGCAAACCGGCCUCUGGAUUCCCAUCCGUGAAUGCGGUUUAUUUUUACACGUUUAAAACGGAGUGGUCUUCUUGGCGUUUUAGUUUUCAUGCGUUGGACUAAACUCUUGCAACAAAUUUCAUCUUAUCUUUUCGUUUUUUUCUGGCUGUUUGGGACCCGUGCAUGAUACCUUACUUGGAAAUAUUACUCAAAGUACUAACUCGUCCAUAUUGUAAAAACCCUCACAAGCCCAAACAUUGGGAAGCUGUAGGAUUCGCCUGUGUGGGCACAGGUGGCUGAUAACUGCUGUGUUUUUGUUUUGUUUUGUUUUGUUUAUUUUGGUGAGGAA